AUAGACCCAAUAUUUUGAAAUCCAAACACCUGGGAAUCGGGUGGGGGAAAAAAACCAAAAAAAAAAAAGGUAAACGGCGGAAGGCGAAGGUGGGCGAGGAGAAGGGAGUCAAAUUAAAGACCCUCGGCCUUUUCUCCGCCCCACGUUCCGUCCCAAACUAGGGUUUCCGAUCCGAACCUAAUCCCAGCUCGAGGAUGAACACCCACCCCGUCCCUCCGCCGAGAAGGAAUCACUUAGCCGCGCGGCGCGGCCCGUCCGUUGGGAGGAGGACCUCCGCCUCGGAGAAUGGGGGCGGAGCCGCCGCCGUCAACGGGAACGGGAACCCCGCCAAGCCGACGUCCCCCAAUCAAGCCUCGGGGGAGAGGACGGUGAAGAAGCUGAGGUUGUCGAAAGCUCUGACCAUUCCCGAGGGGACGACCGUGUCUGAUGCGUGCCGGAGGAUGGCUGCCCGGAGGGUGGAUUCUGUGCUGCUGACGGAUGCUAAUGGGCUUCUCUCUGGGAUUGUUACUGACAAGGAUAUAUCAACCAGGGUUAUAGCGGAGGGGUUGAGGCCAGAGCAGACGAUCGUCUCAAAGAUUAUGACUAGGAAUCCGAUGUUUGUCAUGGCGGAUACUCUGGCUAUUGAGGCACUGCAGAAGAUGAUCCAAGGCAAAUUUAGGCACCUUCCUGUUGUAGAAAAUGGUGAAGUUAUUGCCAUGCUGGACAUUACGAAGUGCUUGUAUGAUGCUAUAUCAAGAAUGGAGAAGGCUGCAGAGCAAGGCAGUGCCAUAGCAGCUGCUGUGGAAGGGGUUGAACGUCAAUGGGGAAGCAACUUUUCAGCUCCUUAUGCUUUUAUAGAGACUCUUCGAGAGCGGAUGUUUAAGCCUUCUCUGUCAACUAUCAUCACAGAGAACACCAAAGUUGCAGUGGUAUCUCCUUCAGAUCCUGUGUAUGUUGCCGCCAAAAAGAUGCGUGAACUUCGAGUUAAUUCAGUGAUCAUUAUGACUGGAAGCAAGCCUCAAGGGAUUCUAACCUCAAAGGACAUCCUCAUGCGAGUGGUGGCUCAGAAUCUUUCCCCUGAGUUGACUCUAGUGGAAAAGGUGAUGACUGCAAACCCUGAAUGUGCGACACUGGAUACAACAAUUCUUGAUGCACUGCACAUAAUGCAUGAUGGAAAAUUCUUACAUCUUCCAGUGCUGGAUAGAGAUGGCCAAAUUGCUGCUUGUUUGGAUGUUUUGCAACUUACGCAUGCAGCAAUUUCCAUGGUUGAAGGAGGUGGUGGAGUUGUAAAUGAUGUGGCAAACACGAUGAUGCAGAAGUUUUGGGAUUCUGCCCUUGCUCUGGAGCCACCAUAUGAGGAGUUUGAUACACAUAGUGAAAUGUCUGCAUUGAUGGCAUCAGAGUGCACAGAAAAUGGGAAGUAUAUAUACCCACCUCUAGGUCUUGGAAACUCGUUUGCUUUCAAGGUUGAAGACCGAAAGGGACGACUACAUAGAUUUGAUUGUGGUACAGAGAGUUUAGCUGAGCUUGCAUCUGCUGUAAUGCAGAGAAUGGGGCUUGUCAGUGACACAGAUAAAAUCCAACUCUUGUAUGAGGAUGAUGAAGGUGACAGAGUGCUUCUGGUUACGGAUAAGGAUCUCAUUGGAGCUGUGAACCAUGCCCGAUCAGCUGGGUGGAAGAUUUUAAGGCUGCAUAUUGAAGACUCUGAUGCAAAGAAGGAAGCCACAAGAUCGAAGUCAGAUCUUGCAACACUACAGAGAAGAGGAUGGACAUCUCUGCAAACUGGGAUCGUGGCAGGUGCAGUCAUACUGACAAGUAUUGGAGUAAUGGCGUACUUGAAACGAUCCAAGAUGUGAUUUCUCUUGCAGGCAAGCAAAAAAAUAUUUGAAGGGUAGCAUAUACAGGUUCAUGCUCCUGUAUAAGUUGGAGAGCAACAUCGUAAGUUAAAAGCUCCCUGGAAUCAGAGCAUUCAUCAAAUGGCUUAAACUUUAAGAGUCUCGUUCUUUUUUUCUGUGAUACCACAUCAUAUAAUACAAAUGAUGCAGUUGGCUGGGGAAGGCAUAGUCGAAUGUAGUGAAUGAUUGUUGCAACCAAGUCAUACAUGACAAGGAAAUAAGCUACACAGUACACCAUUCUGCGAUCUUAAAGUUAGCAUGCCGCUAAGUGCUGUGCAUCUAUUUUCUUCACAUCUUUUGCAUCAAUGACAGCAGUUUUUUUGUCAGUUAAUCUGUCUGUACAGAUAAAAAAGACAUCCAGAAACUAAGAUUAUAUACAUUGAAAAGGAAAAAAAAAUUACUAGGAACAUCGAAGGGUGUGCAUUCCAACUAAACGAUAUUGGAGUAAGCUCACCAGAAAUUUUAAUGGUGUUUUAUUUCACUGUUUAAUGAUUAUUUCAGUUUGAGAUUUCCUCUUUUC